CCGGUGCCAGACGGAAGUACUUCCCGUGUCUCCAUGCCCAUGUGGUAAACAAGCGAAUGCUUCACCCGGUGUGCAAGCAUGGACUCAUCACUAAAGUGGAAUAAUUUACCCACAGCUCCGAGUCUAAAGAACCUGACGGAGAGAGGGUUUGGGGUCCUGAAGGAUUCCCAGCAUGCCGCUGUUCAGGACUUAACAAAAGCUCACAUCGAGUCGUUUGACCAGGCUGUCACUGACGGGCUCAGCCGCGUUGUGCAGGCCAUCCCUCCCUUGGAGUUCACAUUCAAAGAUGACAGGUUCAGCCUUGCCUUUGUUGAAGCCACCGUCUACAACCCAGUGGUCGCCAAAGGGAGCAUCUGCAGGGAUAUGAAGGUGUUUCCAGCGGAGUGCAGGGGAAGAAAAUGUACAUACAAAGGGAAGGUGGUGGCAGACGUCAGCUGGUCAAUCAACGGAGUCCCAAAAGGCAUCAUAAAACAGUCCAUGGGCCAGGUGCCGAUCAUGGUGAAGUCUAAGCUGUGUAACCUGCAUGGAAUGUCCCCCAAAGAGCUAGUACAACACCAUGAAGAGGCGGAGGAAAUGGGAGGCUAUUUCAUCGUGAAUGGAAAUGAGAAGGUUAUCCGAAUGCUGAUCAUGCCAAGGAGGAACUAUCCCAUUGCCAUGCAGAGACAGAAGUGGAAGAGCAGGGGCCAGGGAUACACUCAGUAUGGUAUUUCCAUGCGUUGCGUGAGGGAAGAGCACACCGCCGUUAACAUGAAUCUACAUUAUUUGGAAAACGGGACUGUGAUGCUGAACUUCAUUUACCAAAAAGAGCUGUUCUUCCUCCCACUCGGCUUUGCACUGAAGGCCCUGGUGGACUUCACAGAUUUUCAAAUCUACCAGGAACUGAUCAAGGGCCGCGAAGACAAUUCCUUCUAUAAAAGCUGUGCGUCCGAGAUGCUGCGCGUUGUCAUGGAGGAGGGCUGCACCACCCGCAGCAAGGUGCUCAAUUACCUCGGAGAGCGCUUCAGGGUUAAGAUGAGCCUUCCUGAUUGGUACACUAACGAACAGUGCGCCAACUUUCUGCUUAAUGAGUGCAUCUGUAUCCACCUGAAGUCAGACAUAGAGAAGUUCUACCUGCUGUGUCUGAUGACCAGGAAGCUUUUCACGUUCGCCAAGCAGGAGUGUAUGGAGGAAAACCCAGACAGCAUCAUGUGUCAGGAAGUGCUCACUCCUGGUCAACUCUAUCUCAUGUUUAUGAAGGAAAGAUUGUCUGCCUGGUUGCUGUCUGUGAAGAUGUCCUUUGACAAGAGAGGCAGCAGACUGGCAGGAGGAUGGACCGCUGAUAAUGUGAUGAAGAUAUUCAACAUGGGCACUGACCUGACCAAACCCUUUGAAUAUCUGCUGGCCACAGGGAACCUCAACACCAAGACAGGCCUUGGCAUGCUGCAGAACACAGGCCUGUGUGUCGUAGCCGACAAGCUCAACUUCAUCCGCUACCUGUCCCACUUCCGCUGCGUGCACAGAGGGGCAGCAUUCGCCAAGAUGAGGACCACUUCUGUUCGUAAGCUGCUGCCUGAGUCCUGGGGCUUCCUGUGUCCCGUCCACACACCAGAUGGAGAGCCUUGUGGCCUCAUGAACCACAUGACGGCCAUCUGUGAGAUUGUGGCAUCAACCCUGGCCACCACAUCCCUGCCUGCUCUGCUCUGUUCCCUUGGUGUUACUCCAGUGGAUGGAUCUCCUGGCCAAGCCUUUUCAGACUGCUACCCCGUGGUCCUUGACGGGGCCAUCGUGGGCUGGGUGGAGAAGGAUUUAGCUCCAGUUGUGGUCGACUCCCUGCGCAGGUUCAAGGUAUGUCUACUGUAUGACGUAUACAAGUUCAACUGUCAGUACCACCCACAUUGUGUGAGCAGAGAGCUGAUAUUUAAAAACAAAAACCCUCAGGUGAUGAAAGAGAAGAGGAUCCCUCCCUGGACUGAGAUUGUUCUGGUUCCUAAAACAGGCAAGGCCAGCUUGUACCCAGGCCUGUUCCUCUUCACCACACCCUGCCGUAUGGUGCGGCCCGUACGCAACUUAGCUCUUGGCCAGCAAGAGUUGAUUGGCACCUUUGAACAACUUUACAUCAAUGUGGGCAUCAUGGAGAAUGAGAUCGAGCCGGGAGUGACCACACACCAGGAGCUCUUCCCUCACAGUAUGCUCAGCGUGGUGGCUAGCUUCAUCCCGUACUCGGACCACAACCAGAGUCCUAGGAACAUGUACCAGUGUCAGAUGGGUAAGCAGACAAUGGGUUUCCCCCUGCACUCAUUCAUGGACCGCUCCGAUAACAAGCUGUACCGGCUCCAGACCCCACAGAGCCCACUGGUCAGGCCCUACAUGUACGACCACUACAACCUGGACAACUACCCCAGCGGCACAAACGCCAUCGUAGCCGUUAUAUCCUACACCGGCUACGACAUGGAAGAUGCCAUGAUUGUGAACAAGUCAUCGUGGGAGAGAGGCUUCGCCCAUGGAAGCAUCUACAAGACUGAGCUGGUGGACCUGGCGGACAAAGUGAGGGGAGAAGACAGCGUGGUGUUUGGGACCAAGCUGGGUGACCCUAAAGUAAAUGGAAAACUGGACGCUGAUGGACUUCCACACAUUGGAUCCACACUUCAGUAUGGAGACCCCUUCUACAGCUACAUCAACCUGAACACUGGCCAGACCACUAUCAACUUCUACAAGAGCCAAGAGGUCUGCGUCGUGGACAACAUAAAGAUCUGCAGCAACGACACUGGCUCAGGCCGUUUUAAACGGGUCUGCAUCACCGUACGAGUGCCACGAAACCCCACCAUCGGGGACAAGUUUGCCAGUCGCCACGGUCAGAAGGGCAUCCUGAGUCGCCUGUGGCCGGCCGAGGACAUGCCCUUCACAGAGAGCGGCAUGGCUCCUGACAUCCUGUUCAACCCCCACGGCUUCCCCUCCCGCAUGACCAUCGGGAUGCUGAUCGAGAGCAUGGCCGGCAAGUCGGGCUCCCUGCACGGCCUGAGCCACGACGCCACGCCCUUCACCUUCUCAGAGGAGAGCUCUGCGCUCGAGUACUUUGGUGAAAUGCUCAAAGCAGGCGGAUACAACUACUACGGCACGGAGCGGCUCUACAGCGGAGUGAGUGGCCAGGAGCUGGAGGCCGACAUCUUCAUUGGAGUCGUCUACUACCAGCGGCUACGUCACAUGGUCUCCGACAAGUUCCAAGUGAGGACCACCGGAGCGAGGGACAAGGUGACCAACCAGCCGGUGGGAGGGAGGAACAUCCAAGGUGGCAUCCGGUUCGGGGAGAUGGAGCGAGAUGCCCUGCUCGCCCACGGCUCCUCUUUCCUGCUUCACGAUCGGCUCUUCAACUGCUCGGACCGAUCAGUGACUCAGGUGUGCGUCGACUGUGGCAGCCUGCUCUCCCCUCUGUUGGAGAAACCACCACCCUACUGGUCGUCCUUGCGCCACCGUAAGAUCGUCUGCACACUGUGCGGCAAAAGUGACUCCAUUGACUCAGUGUCUGUCCCGUACGUCUUCCGCUACUUUGUGGCCGAGCUGGCAGCAAUGAACAUCAAAGUCAAAUUAGAUGUUAAGUGAAUUUUGAAGGACAAUCAGAUCAGUAAAGAUACAUGCCUUAAAUGGGACAAAUCGUAAGAAAGCCACUGCUGUUAAUGCUAAGUCUGCAACCUAGCUGCUAGAUGCCGCCAAAUCCUCCACACCGUAUUUUUUAAAAUGGGUCCUUAUAUUCUCUGAAGCUGCUACAAUUAACCACGCUCCAGAAAGAAUAAAAAACUAAACAAACUGUAAUGCCAUGAUGUGUCAGAAUAACCAGGUUACUUAGAGGUUUAUUUCUUUUUUUCAAAAGUGUUAGCCAAGACCCUGAAGAAAUAACAAAGCAGCAGCAUGUGAUGGAAUGUAUGUGUGGACAUCUGUUAUUUGAUGUUAAAUAACAGAGAUCUUUUUGUACAGUCACAUUGAGUGUUGAAUAAAUAAUAUUUUACCUUGAAUUCAGAUCCUUUACUUCAGUUUAACU